AUGUCUUGUUUUGCGUUUUGUAGUUCAUUAGAGUUAGUUGACAUACCACUUGACAGCGAAAUUACUGAAAUAGGAAAAUGGGUUAUUAGAAUGAGUAAAGUUAAAUCAUUUACUAUUCCUUCAAAAGUUACAUCAAUUAUGGCAGAAAUAUUCGAAUAUUGCUAUUUAGAAGAAAUCCUUGUAAGCAGAGACAACAAAAUUUUCACUAUUACUAACGGAAUAUUAAUAAAUAAUGAAACUAAAACAGCAGUUGCAUAUCCUUCAAGAAAAACUGGAGAUUUAGUUAUUCCUGAAGGGAUUACUAGAUUUGCUAGUUCCGCAUUUGUUUGGUCUAUAUUUCCAAGUGUUACUUUACCAUCAACGUUGACAUCCAUUGCAUCUUAUUCAAUGACUCAGAUUCAAAUAACAGAGAUAGAUAUACCAGAUUCGGUAACAAUUAUUUAUAAUAAUGCAUUUGCCGGAUGCAAGAAAUUAACUAGAGUUAAACUUCCAAAAGGAUUAAAUUUGCUACCGGAAAUGUGCUUCUGGGAUACAAACUUAUCCUCAAUUGAAUUACCAGACACAUUAACAAGGAUUGAUAAAGGCUGCUUCAUGAAAUGUCCAAACUUGAAAGAGGUGACAUUACCCGAAAAUUUGACACAGUUAAAUGGUCAAGUUUUCGAUCCAGGAACAAAGUUAUACUUUAGCGGAAAUUCCAAUUUUUAUAUAAAUGAUGAGUAUAUUAUUAUGACAAGAGAUAAUUCAACAAUUUCACAACAUAUUGGAACAUCACAGACAACAAUUAAUAUUCAUAAAGAUGUUACCUUAAUAAAGAAAUCUGUUUUUUCCGGUAAAAAUUUCAUUACUAGAAUGGUGUUCCCAAGUGAUUCCAAAUUAGAAACAAUUUUAGAAAGUGCUUUUACUGAUUGCACAAAAAUGGAAUUUGUAAAUCUUCCAAUUUAUAUCAAAUCAAUUGGGAAUUUUGCAUUCCAAAAUUGCCAAAAAUUACAGUCAAUUGUUUUAAAUAGCUGCAGAUCUAUUGGAGAUUCGUCAUUCUCCAAUUGUAUUGCAUUAUCAUCUGUGAAUUUCGAGCAAAGUGAUAUUAUAUCAAUUCCAGAUAAUUGUUUUUACGGAUGCACUUCAUUGACAACUAUAAAAUUGCCAUUGAAAUUGAAAUAUAUUGGAAUUUCUUCAUUCUCUAGAUGCUCCAAUCUGAAUAUAGUUACAUUCCAUGACUCAUUAACUACUAUAGGAAAUAAUGGUUUCCAAGGUUGCAGUUUGCUGUCUGUAGAUUUAAGCAGCUGCAGUGGCAUGACAAAUAUUAGUGAUUUCUGUUUUAGUGAUAACACAAACUUAGAAUCAAUUAAUUUCCCAGCAAGAAUUACUCUUCUUGGAGUUUCUUCUUUCAGUAACACUGCAAUUUCUACACUUGAUGUUCCAUCAUCUGUUUACCAAAUAAGCAGUAAUGCAUUUUAUUCAUGUCAAUCACUUUCAACAAUUAAUAUUCCAGCAGAUUCAUCACUUGAAUUUAUCAAAAGUGGUGCAUUUAGGGAUUGCUUUAGAAUUGCAAGUAUUAACUGCGAGAGUACUAGAUAUAGAAUUGUUACAGAAGCCUUAUUUGAUAGGCAGCAAACAUCUUUGAUUCUAUUUCCACCUGUAUCUCAAGUGAAAUUCUUUUCUCUUCCAGGAAGUACAGUAACAAUUAGUGAAGGUGCUUUUAUGAGCUGCGUCAAUCUUGUUUCUAUUUUCAUUCCAAGUAAUAGUGUUGCUAAUAUUUCAAAGAGUACAUUCGACGGCUGCAUAAAUCUAAAGAUGAUAAAUAUUCCAGCAAGUGUUAUUGAUGUUGGAGAGGAUGCUUUCAAAGGCUGUAAUCAACUCUCAUGCGGCUGUUUGAUAGAAAAUAAAAACAAAACAUAUAUUGAUAGUCUAAUUACAUUUAGCAAGUUACCGCAAUUAAGUACAAAACCGUGCUCAAAUAUGAUAACUAAAGAUUGUUAUCGCUUUAAUGUCAACAGUUUACCAAUAACACCAUUCAUAGCAAUGAUAUAA